CUUUAGUGUAUUUGUUACCGUUGUGGUAUAGAUGUGUCGGGUCAGUUAGAACGUUUGGGUUUUCGUAUUUAUUUAUAUUUUCGUACGUGUAAACUUACGAAUGACAACGUGUAAUGGAAUUCGGAACUUAUUAAUGAUUUAAAUAUUCUACUCGUAUUCUUCAUUCAUUAUUUUUGGCGUGUUACAGUAACUUAAUAUUAGUUAUUCAAUCUUUCAAAAUAAUAUUCUAGUGUGAUUUGUUUGCUGUAUUGUUAUUUUCGUUCAACCGGCGCGGUUUUUCUUGUGAUUGUGUUGUGAUUAGUUUUGAUUUGUGUGUGUUUUGUAAUUUUGCAGUGUGUGAGCAUAACGGACGAAUAAUUUGGAUGAUUUACUAAUUACUUUUGGAUAAUUUUAAAUGGUCAGUUUGUAUUUCAUAUCAAUUUUUACGCAAAUAUUACUGGAUUAAGAAGCAUAAUAAUAUUUUCGAUGAAUAAUCCAUUCAAUGGAAUGUAGAGCAUUGAAAAUGUUGCCGGUUGAAGGUUGAUAAAGUGAAUUUAUGGUGGCGAAACAUGCCGCGAGUAAUAUUUUCCGGAGUUUUACUAUAUUUUUUGGUCGUCAUACGAACCAACGGAUACAACUUGAAGUAUCAUGAUCCGGCCAAGGUGUCGUAUUCCAUCGAAGAGACUGAUGUGGAGAGGUUCACUGGAAAUGACUCGAUGAAUUAUUUUUUACGGUUGUUGCUUUUGGAAAAUGAUACAGCGCUGGUUGGCGGAAGAAACGUGUUGUAUAAUAUCAGCUUGGAUGAUUUAACAGAAUUAUCGAAUCAGCGAAUCGAAUGGACGCCUCUCGUAGCUCACGUAGAAUUAUGCAAAUUGAAAGGAAAAAGUGACGACGAUUGUCAGAAUUAUAUAAGAGUGGCGGCCAAAACGAACAAUUCAAAGGCUUUACUGGUCUGCGGAACCCAUGCUUAUAAGCCUCUAUGCCAAGAAUACGAUAUAAAUCAAGGUGUCCCUAAAAUUACCAGGAGCAAUUUAAAUGGCGUUGGAAUGUGUCCGUUUGAUGCGACUCAUAAUAGCAGUAUUAUUUAUACCGAUGGGCAUUUGUAUUCGGCAACUGUGGCCGAUUUUUCACACAAUGAUCCGUUAAUUUUCAGAGAACCUUUGAGGACGGAGAAAUCAGACAUGACGCAACUCAAUGAUCCGAAUUUCGUUGGUUCAAUCGCUUACAACGACUACGUACUGUUCUUUUUUCGCGAACCGGCCGUCGAAUAUAUUAAUUGUGGAAAGAUUAUCUAUUCACGAGUCGGUAGAGUUUGCAAGAAUGAUAAAGGAGGCUCGUAUAUGUUCCAUAAUAAGUUCACGACAUUCCUGAAAUCCAGACUGAAUUGCUCGUUGCCCGGAGAGUACCCGUUUUACUUCGACGAAAUACAGGACAUAAGUGCUGUAGUACAUGGAGAGUAUGCUGGUAUCUCCGAACAACUCAUAUAUGGCGUAUUCAAUACGCCAGUGAAUGCGAUAGGAGCUUCAGCAAUUUGCGCUUUCAGCCUGGGUGAUAUUUUUGAUGCUUUCAAUGGAUAUUUCAAGGAACAAGAGAACUUCAAUGCGAAUUGGUUACGUGUACCUGCGCACAGGGUACCUAAUCCGAGACCAGCGAAUUGUUACAAUGAUUCUAGAACGUUGACAGAUAGUGUGAUAAAUUUUGCCAAAACUCAUCCGCUAAUGGACCAAGCUGUACCUGCAUUUCAUAAACAUCCGGUCUAUGUUCGAGUCUCUUUGCAGUAUCGUUUAUCAGCCAUCGCAGUCGAUGCCAAAGUGAAAACCAUAGAUGGAGAAAAAAUCGAUAUUUUAUUCUUAGGAACAGACGAUGGUAAAGUUUUGAAAGUAUCCUCGAUCGUUGGCCAAAGUAAAUCAGAUGUCAGUACGAACGUCAUUGAAGAAUUACAAAUCAUCGAAAAUGCUCCGAUAAGAAAACUUUCCGUAAUCAAGCCGUCCAAUUCGGAAGCUAAACUUUUAAUCGUGUCGGACAGAAAUGUGCACUCGAUACCGUUGCAUCGAUGUGGUCGUCAGAAAAGCUGCAUAGAAUGUGUGGGACUUCAAGAUCCUUACUGCUCUUGGGACACCCUGAAUUUGAAAUGCGUUUAUUCGCAAGACUUGGACGUGAAGAAAAGCAAACAGUUCAUUCAAAAUGUUACCCAUGGCCAACAUAAGCAUUGUAUUCAGACUGAUAACGAUAUUCCAGCGCAGGAUCUCAGCAACUCGAUAGACAACAACAUAGAUUUAGAUAACGAAAUAACGAAAUGUCCCGUGUGUACGGAUUGCAGCAGUAUGGUUAAUGCUUGUAACAAGGAAGAACAAAGUGAUAAGAUAGCAGUAGUUUACGUGACCGAUACGAUGGGUUUAAUAAUGGUGUUCCUGGUGCUGCUGACAUUAGCUUUCGGCUUCGCUUUAGGAUACGCCUUUUCGCGGCGAUUUCGUCCCGAUUCAUACUCGAAUGUCUCUCUUCGUCCGAAUCAUCAGUUAAACAGGCUAGCCGAUAAUUCAGUCAACAUGGAAGGUGGAUCUUCUUUUUUACCCUCUUGCCCGAACAACAAAGCUGCGACGAUUAAUUUGGUAUUGAACGAUACGAAGAAUCCCAACGAUAAGAACGCCACGUUGGACAGCAAAACCCUGCAAAGGGUUAAGAAAACCUAUAUUUAAAACGCUUCCAAUAUAAAUUCGUGGGGAUUUCAGCUUUUCCAAUUUAGUAUUCGAUGCUUCGAAAUACCAUAGAUGGGAAAAAAUCAGCCAGAAUCGAGGUUGCGUAGAUAAUGAUCUCAAAUUUUAUCAUGGUGCUUGUCCUGUGUAUGUAGAAGAACAUGACGUAUUAUAUCUACCUGCCUUCGUUCGCAAUAUUCGUAGUUUAUCGAUGUGCAAUAUUCAACGUAUCAAUUUUUUUUAUACCUACCUGCGUCUUUUUUAAGCUUGAAUUUCUGCUGAUUUUAUCGCUGCUGCUGCUGUUGCGGCGUUGUUGUUCGGUUGUUGUUGUUGUUGUUGUUAUUGUUGUUUUUCUUUUUGAUGCGAAAUGCCGGGUCCGUGAAACUGAGAGUAUUAUUGAGAUGAUGAUAGACAUGCUGCCAAUUUAUAUUCGUAGUAGUAACAGAAGAGAUGUAUGUUUUGGUUCCUAUUUAUGUGUCGGUCGAUGUUUUUAUUUUUAAAUAGGCACAUGACGAAGAAGCCAACACGGGUUCGAAAUUUUUAGACGAUUUUAUACCUAAUAUUUUAUUUUUUUUUAAAUCAUUAUUUUACCUAUUUUUUAACGUGUACAUGUGAGUCAUAUGUUUUAAAUAGUUUUUAUUAUUUUUAUCGUGUGUUUGUUGUCUGUACAAUCGCGUGUAAAUUUUUCACCUCUGUUUUCCCACCCUUUUUCUUUUAUUUUUCCCCGAUACUGUGCUCCUUUACACGUACCCUUGUUUGAGUUUUACCUUCCCUGUUCCCCGUUCCCAAACUUUCCCAAGUUUUUCUCUUCCCUCGAUGUUUUUAUUUAUUAAUUUGCGACUGAAUACCGAAAAGUAUUAUGUAUUUUUUUAUAUUCUAAGAUUUAUUGUUUUAUGUGUAUGUAUAUUACCCCCUCUCUGUUUAUAUUAUGUUUUCGUUUCUUUUUCUUUUUUUUCUUUUUUGAUUUUGACUAAAGUGAGCUGUAUUCGCCACUUUAAUGUUGGACAAACAAUUUUUACAUUAGUGAUAAGUGAAUUUUUUUAAAUCAUUGCUAGACAGUGAACAUUUUUACCUUAUAUUUUCAAGAGUUUUCGUUGAAAGUUUUUUUUUUUUUUUUUUUUUUUUGGUUGAAAAACAUUCCAAUUUUGAAAUCAUUGUUAAGUAGGAGAAUUUACAUCGUGUAUACUUAUUUUAAUGAUAUCUGCUCGUCAAUCAAAAUUUCGGCCAUUUUUGGCGACAUGGCCAGUACCAUUUGUGAUAAUAAUUGUGUGUAUGUAGAUUAUUUAAAUGUGGAUGGAGUUAUAUCGUUAUUUUUACAUAUUAUUUUGGAUUAAUUUCGAUAAUAUUUUUAUUAAUUAAAACACCCCCGCGAGAAUUACAAAAAGUUGUGCGUAGAUAUUACGAAAGUUGGUGUAAAUAAGGCGUUUUUUAUUUCUUCUUUGCUCCCAUUUUUUUUUGUAUAGCCUAAUUUGCUGUGAUGUAGAAAUGUUGGGCAAAUCAAAAUAAUGGAUUUUCUACUUUUAAGGAACGAUACGGUUGGAAAAAUAUUUCAUUUGUUGAAAAUUGAGUCAAUUUUAAUUUUGUCCUUCCAAGAGUUUGGACGCCAUUUUUUUUUAUGUGAAUGUUUUUUUUUUUGUUUGCAUCAACUUCCGAAUUUAAUUUUCUAAAUUGGAAAAAAAUAACCAAAAUUGCGUCCGGAAAAAGUAAAAAAAAAAAAAAAAAAAAAAACAGAAAUUAUUUGUGAGUUAUUUGUCUACUGUCAAGUAUAGAUAAAAAUGGUGAUUUCAAAAAAAGAUUUAAUGUUUUUUUUUUUAAGAAGAAAGGCAGAGGAGGGAUUUUUUCAAUUUUGAACUUUGAAUUCAAAAGUCCAGAUUUUUUACAAAACUUUUAAUUUUUUUUUUUUUGAAAAAAUUGUGGCAUGUACCUAUGUACUUUGAGUUGAUCAGAAUGAGAUUUGAGAAGAAGAUGAACGCCUUAUUUACGUAUCAACUUCAGGAGUAAGAUAGAAAUUGAAAUGUUACCCGCAUUUAUAUUUACUAUAUUCCCGAAAUGGGUAUAGUUUUAUUAUUUUUUUUACGUUGAUAAGCAUUUAAAAGUUUUUGCAUAGGAUUAAAAUCCGCCAAUUUGAUAAGAUUAUUUUAAUGUUUGGCAAUAUUACAAUAAGAUAAGAUGUGUUUUAAUUAAGUGUUUUUUUUUUUUUUUUUUUAAAUGUGAGUAUUGAAAAGUUUACGAUUUGUAUUAUCCAACUGGGGAGUUUAACAUUCCAUUAACAUUUAUCUGAGGAACGUUUCAAUCAAUACCAAUUAUCAAGACCUAUUUAAACCUUAACUUCCCAGUUUUUUUUUUUUUUUUUUUUUUUCAAUUAUUGUUUUCACAAAUUAUUCCAUUUUUUAGAACGAAUUUUCGUAGAAAUAAAAUACUUAUAUUGCAUUUAUGUGAGUUGUACCUCACGAUAAAGAUAGAGAUACAUUAAUGUGAGAAAGGUGACUUAUUAUACGUUUAUUUGUCUUGAAAAUAUCGCGUUUUUAACGUGUGAAGUAAACUACGAACAUAUCAUGUAAGGAGACUUUCGUUAGUUUGCCAUCAGGUUUGCCUUUUUUAAUACGAAACGAAUAAAGUAGAUCUCACGAGGAAAUAAUUGAAGUACGAUUGUCUGUUGGUAUAUUGCUUUAAAUAUUUUUUAUUUUAUAAGACGACCACGUGUUUUAAUAUUUUUUUAAAAAUUUGUUUGUAAAAUACCUAAUAUUUUGCUAUUGCGCGUUUAUGUGUAUUUGUUCGGUUUGUUCUUGCGUUUAUUUUUUUAUACUGCGUAAGUUUUAGAUUUAUAUGUCAAAUGUACUGAUUUUUAGAAUUAUAGAAUUUUUAAAUGAAAUGAAAAUCGUGUACCGUAGCGUGUAUUUUACUUUUUUUUUUCAAUAUUUAUUAUGGCUUUUUAUAUUUCGGUCAUUAUUUUUUUUGUUGAUUAUGUUAAGAAUAUUAUUGAAUUUAAACGAUAUGAAAUAAACGUUUUUACACGUA